AUGGUAAACGUCGCCCUCUCUGCCCUGGCCGUCCUGGCCGCGACUCCCUUCAUCGGAGCCGUCCCUACCGCGACCCAGUCCGACGCAGUCGAAGUCUUCUCCUUCGCUAAGUGGGUUGACGGCAUCAUCGCCAACCCUGAAGGAGACAACUUGACUCCUAGUGAGGCUGUCGAGGCUUGGAGGGAGUCUGUCAACGCCACCGAGUCUGACGGCACCACGUCUACCAACAGCAUGAUCCAGAAACGUGUCUCGUGCAACACUAUUGCCGGCACUGAAGCCUCCGUCCCUGACGCGGUUUCUUGCAUCAAUGACCUUGCCCGCAAGGGCAGUCAGGCCUGUGUUGUUGGGGGCGUCUCCGUCUUCUGCCUCAUUGGCAAUGCUCAGAUCACUGGUGUCAAGGGAGGCACCAACGCAGCCACUACUUCUUCAGCCUGCAACGAUGUUGCCCGUGCUGGCGGUCUUAUCAUGGAUAGCUGCACUCGUGCGGACAACACAGUCCAAGGAUCAGAGUUUGCGUGGGGCAACGGUAACCUGCUUGUGCACAUCCGCAAGCCUGGUUUGUAA